AUUAGAGAAAUGAAGCGCAUAGUAUUGAGCUUACUGUGUAUAGGCAUAUGCUUAUCCAUAAGUAAUAGAAGUGUGCAAGAAACACUAAUUGCUGAGAUGGACAAUGAACACGUAAAUGAGCAUGACUAAUUGAUCUUUCGUAAUUGGAUGUUAGAAUAUGGCAAAUCAUAUGACAACGAUUUUACAGCAAUACAUAGAAUGUAGAUCUUUAUGAGGAAUAAGAAAAACAUUGAAGUAUGCAUAGGUUUACUUAUAGAUAGAAACAUAAUCAUGUUGGAGCAAAAUAUAAAGCUAAAUUGAAUGAAUUUUCAGAUUAAGAUUAUGAUGAAUUAGCAUUGAAAAUGUUCAUGCAUUUAGAUUUUAGUGACGAUGAUUUUAAAUUCGGCAAUCCCCAUUUCUUUAGCAAACAAGACAUCAAGGAAUUGCGAAAUCAUCCCAUAUUGACUCAAAUGAGAGAAUAAGCAAAGAAAGGAGACUCAUUGGAUUGGACAAAGCAAGUAAAAAAUGGCUCAAUUUAGGUAACACCCUCCAGACCAUAAGGAACAUGCGGUAGUUGUUGGGCAUUCUCCUCCUCUGAUGUAGCAAUAAGUAGACUUGCCUUGAAGGGAAAGGAAGAGUUAACCCAAUUGUCAAAGACCCAUUUAAUAGACUGUUGUGUUGGAGAAAAGAACAAGGGAUGCAAUGGAGGAUCUCCUAUUGGUGCAUACAAAUUCAUUAAUGAAAAUGGAGCCCUGAAAGAGAAUGAAUAUAGAGAUUAUGACUCUACUUAAUAAGAAUGUAAAAAACCAGUAGGAACAAUUGGCAAAGGUCAGAUAGCUGAUGUGGAAAAGGUGGAUGAUCCAACUUUUGAGUAAGUGAAUCAUAUCAUCAGUUUAGACAAAUUAAAGACGCGCUUCAAGAUGGUCCAGUCACUGCCUUAAUGUAUGCAGACAAAUCAUGGUUCGAAUAUGGAGGUGGUAUCAUUGACACUUGUAGUUAUGUCGGAGCCAAAGAACUCAGUCAUGCAGUAGUCAUUGUUGGCUAUGGAAAAGAUCAUUAUAAAGUCAAAAACUCUUGGGGACCAGGAUGGGGAGAAAAUGGAUUUUUUUAGGUUUAAAGAACUGGAGCUCCUGAAUGUUUGGAUAAGAUUAAGAAGAUUUCGUACCCAAUUAUUUAAUGAUCCCAUUUAU